GACAGUCAUGGUAGAGUGUGCUGUGGUUGUGGUUGUCAAAUAAGACCUGCAUUUAUUUGUUUUUAUUUUACAUUUUACAAAUUUCGGAAAUGCCUGGAAGUGAAUUACAAAAUGGACAUAAACAUUACACGAGGGUUUGGUGCGAUGGCUGCUACGACAUGGUACACUUUGGUCACGCGAACUCCCUGCGACAGGCGAAGGCCCUCGGACAACACCUCAUCGUCGGCGUCCAUACCGACGAAGAGAUAACCAAGCACAAGGGGCCGCCGGUCUUCAACGAACAAGAGCGCUACAAGAUGGUCAGAGGUAUCAAAUGGGUCGACGAGGUUGUUGAAGGUGCGCCUUAUGUAACGACACUGGAAACUUUGGAUAAAUACGACUGCGACUUCUGUGUGCAUGGAGAUGACAUAACGAUGACAGCGGACGGAGUGGAUUCUUAUCAUCUUGUUAAAAAGGCUGGAAGAUACAGAGAGGUGCAGAGGACGGCGGGCGUUUCCACCACGGAUCUAGUAGGCCGGAUGCUGCUGUUGACGCGGAACCACUUCAGGCAAGGUCAGUAUGAGUACGAGGUGGCCAAAGAGCACUCAUCCACGAUGGGUCAAGAUUCCUCCGCCAGGUCUCCGUGGACGGGGUGUUCGCAGUUCCUGCCCACUACGAGGAAGAUCGUCCAGUUCUCGGAUGGGAAGGCGCCCGAGCCGGGCGAGAGGAUCGUGUAUGUGGCGGGGGCGUUCGAUUUGUUCCAUGUGGGUCAUUUGGAUUUUCUGGAGAAGGCGAGAGAGAAGGGUGACUAUUUGAUAGUCGGGCUGCACACCGACCCGGUCGUCAACAGGUACAAGGGCUCCAACUAUCCCAUCAUGAACCUGCACGAGCGCGUGCUGAGCGUGCUGGCAUGCAAGUACGUGUCGGAGGUGGUGAUCGGCGCCCCCUACUCGGUCACCGAGGACCUCAUGGAGCACUUCAAGGUCGACGUGGUCGUGCACGGCGACACGCCUGUCAUGGCCGACGAGGAUGGAGAGGAUCCGUUCAGGUGUCCGAAGGAGCUUAAAAAAUUCCUCACGGUGUCGUCGGGCAACGACAUGACCACUGAAAAAAUAGUCGAGAGGAUCAUCAGGAACAGGUUGGAGUUCGAGGCGAGGAACAUCAAGAAGGAGAAGAAGGAGAUCGAACUGUUGCGCGCGCUGGAGAACAACAAAAAGCAAGCGCUGACGGCGACUUGAGUGCCACCUUUUCGGUGGUGGGUAAUUAUUUUUUUCGUUCGGGUUCCGAGGCUUUUUCUUAUUGAACCGGUGAAUUGCUUACUCGAGCUUGGUCGAGGUUUGACUGGAUUUGUAUGCGAUAGGUCGAUCUGCUGACGUCAUAUUAUACAGUGAUGUUGCGUGGAUUGGAACAAAUUCAUUUGAAAUUUCGGUUUUUCAGUCUUUCAAAUGGCACAAGUAACUUGAGCAUUGCCUAUAGCUAACUUAAACCUCCAUGAAGCUAUUACAUUGCAGUACCUAUAGGUCGCGUGCACGAUGACCGACCCUGGAGGUGAAAUAUUGAAACACAACCUCACUCUUCUGUGAAACAUUGAAACACAACCUCACUAUUUUUGUUGUUUACAGAGGAAUCAAAGGAUUGAAAUAGUUUUUCACAAUAUUUUGGCAAACGAAUCGUGUUUUAUUGCGCUAUUUAUCAAUUCAAGCAUGCCUUCUCAUUGUGCUAUUGUACAAUGCACAAAAAAUGCAGUGAGAGACGUAGGAAUAUGAUUUUCCAGGUAAAUAGUAAUCUCACAUAGUUUUCAUUAUGAAAUUUUGUCGUUUCUUAUCGAAAUUCCUUGAUUGCAUGAAUCCAAUCUUCUUGCAUUCUUUUAGAAAUUUCACGAGUAUUUACUAUUAGCUCCUAUUGCAAAAGGAAUUCCGAUGAGAAAUCAGAGAAAUUACCAAAUUUCAAAAUGAAGUCCAUAUGUGAGUGACUAUAGUAGGUACUUACUUCUGAAUCCAUAAUGUACUAACCGGAUUCCUUCGUCUCUCGCUGCAUUUUUUG